UCUCAAUGACAUUUGCCCUUGCAAUGGCUCUCUCAAUAGAAACUAUCUACUCAAUAUCGAAUUGAAACAAAGCUUCAGAAAUUGAAAGCUCAGCUUCUGCAAAGUGAUGAUAGUCCCCUUUGAACACAAAAAUCCAUCUCUAGGGUAUUUCAACCUGAACCUCACCUGAAUCUUGCUUCGUUACUUGUGUUGGUUUCUUGGUAUAAAUAACGAGUCUCCUCCUUCAUGAAUGAUGAAGAUAUAAGCUCCAAAAUAAUUAGCAUAAUAAAUAAGGGACCGUUUGCAAAUGCUUUUGCUUUAAAAAAGCACUUUUUGAAGUUAUUUUGGAAAAGAGAAAUGGUGCUAAAUAGGAGCUUAACUUAUGAUUGCCGUUAUUUUCUUCUCUCGUUCAGCUUCGCCUUCAAAUUAGAUGAUCUUCAUCUCACCUUCGAAUCAUCUGCUGCUCUGCUGCGAUCGAUGAACUGCUGCAAUAUUCACCUGCCAUCGAUCAACUGCUGUGAUAUUCAUAGACUAUCGCUCACCUGUUAGUUGCUACGAUCACAUAGUUUUACCAUUCGCUUGUUGUUUGCGACAAUCAUCUUCGCCUUCAUCUUCGUUUUAAAUUUCAGGUAAUUAAUUUUAUAUUCUUGAAUUGUAUGAUGAUUGUGUAUCAGAAUUGUUUUCAUUGGUGUUUACUUGUUGAUAGUCGUAUGAAGUUUUAUUGUAGUUCUAUGAUUAGGAGAGCUGGAAGUAUUAUGAAUGCUUUAUCGUCAUUAUCGUUUUUCCUGACUCUAAUCUUCUUUAAUGUUCAUUAUUUUUUCCUUCUUUUCAUGUUUCUUAUUACAUACGCUUUACUCUUCUGGAUUUAUCUUUGGUUUGACAUUGUAGAUUGUUAGUACCCAAUUUUGAUAAGAUUUUGAUGAUGCCACUAUACUUAGCACGUGUACAUUGUAUCUCAUUUUGUUCUAAUAUUAACGUGACAAAUUAAAUGUACAGUUUUUGAGUCUAAGAAAUAUUACCGGAAAAAUAAAAAUGCAAUAAGGUAAAAUUUCUUUACCUUAAUAGGAUAUUUGAAUCCUACCGGCAAAUACUAUUUGACUCAAAAAUUACUCAUAUGUCACGAAGCUCGUAAUAUCAAAUGAAUGAUUGAAGACAAAACUUGACCGGUAUUUAAUACCGAAUCAAGUACUGGGGGCCGCGGCAUGGGACGCACACAUGAAACUGUUUCAUGUGGAGAAACUUCAGCGGGUGAAUUAUUCAAGACAAAUGCAUCAGCCCGAAUUAAAGCUUCAGCACAAGAAGACAAAUGUACAAUUUGUCCUUGUCAGAAUUUCAACGUCAAAGAUUAAUCCAUCCUAACCAACGGAUGAGAUUAAUUCAAAGGAGAUGCCUAUAAAUAUAGGCUGAAACGAAAGUUUCUAACUAAGCUUUGAGCAUCCAAAGAGAGAAUCUCUAUCACAAGCAUACACGAGAUAUCUAGCAAAAGAGAAAGUGCAGUUCUAAACUUUACUCUCUGCUUGGACUCAUGCUUCACUAAACUUCAAGUAUACGAGCUCUUCAUUGCUACAUCAUAGAAGUUUAGUUCCUAGUUGGAGGUUAGAACUUUCUCGUAACAAAUCACAUAUUGUUGUAAACACUUAGGAGAACAGUUGUAUCUACUUACAGUGUAAGUAGAUAGAUAGAGUACCUUUUGAUCCCCACUGGUUCAUUAGAGAAAAGUCUAAGGACUGGGUAACUUUGAGUGGUGCUAUACUCAUCGUGAAAAACCUUCAAUCUAGGCCUAAGUGUUGUAAAGGCUAGAUUGGCACUAAGUGUAUUGGGCUUAAUACUUUAGUGAAAUCCAUCUGAAAGAGGGUGGGACUGGACGUAGGAGGAUUACACCACCUCUGAACCAGGAUAUAUCGUGUGUUGAAUUCACUUCAGUCAACAAAGCACACACCCAACACUUCUCACAUAAAGAUUGUAGUUUGCCAGCAGAAUUCUAAGCAGUUGUCUUAAUUGACCCAACUGCUUAUCCUACUGCUUAAUUACUCACUUUCUUUAAGACCAGAUUCACACCUUUAACGUGCACCAACACCACUUAAAAGGAUCACUCUCUCAGUUCUCUGAAACUCACCUUCUAAGUACAACAGGUGCCUCAGCAGUUCCCUGGAGUCCACUCAACUGCUGAGCCCUCUGCUCAUAUAUACUUGUUUCGUGUCAACAUCUCAAACAUCACCAGAUUGUCACUACUUCAUCAAGAAGUUUGCUUAACCCAAUAAGCUUUUGACCCAAGCAGGUGCCUCAGCAGUUCCCUCAUAUUCACCCAACUGCCGAGUCCACUGCUUCAGCAAAAAGCUAUUCUCCCUUCAUUUAAGCAUACUUACCAAAAGGCCACACCAUACUCAUCAAACAACUAUCUCUACCUUCAUCAUACACUCUACAUUUCCUGAGCAGUUGCCUCAGCAGUUCCCUGCUCUUAGCCACCUGCUAAGCCAACUGCUAGCAUUCUAAGCCAAACACUCUCCAAGUUAGAAAGUGGCUAAACACUCAUUACACAAAGGGUAAAGACUCCCGCUGUGCAUCUAUAAAUCUCUCAAAAGUUUAUAGAUUAACUCUCUUAGAGGGAAAACUUUCAAAAGUCGAAAAAGAUUUAAAAGUCUAUUCACCCCCCCUCUAGACUUUUACCCUAUCCGGGACCAUCAAGUGGUAUCAGAGCGGAGUGUUUCUAGAGUCAUUUAUUGACUAUUUUGAACUAAAGAUCCAAAGCCACUUCUCCUCCCAAACACUUUCUAAACAAUGGACAGUCAACUAGCCAAAAACCUCCUAUUCAACUUAAACAAAUUUGAUGAUUGGAGAAUAAGGAUGAAGGCACAUCUCAGUGCCUUACAUGAUGAGAUGCUGGAAGUAAUUACUACUGGACCUAUCAGGAUAAUGAAGGUCAGCACAUCUAAAACUGAAGACCAGGAGGAUGUGUACAUUCCUAAGCCCAAACUAGAAUGGACAACUGAGGACAGAAAGAGAAAUAACCUUGAUCACAUUGCCAAGGAUAUUCUCUUCAAAUCUGUUGAUGAAUCCAUAUUUCCCAGGAUUAGGAAAUGUGAAACUGCAAAGGACGUUUGGGAUGAGCUCACGAAAAUUGGAGCUGGUGAUGAACAGGAGAAAGACAAUAAACUAACCAUGGCCCUCAAGAAAUUUGAGGACUUCAAAAUGCUGCAAAAUGAAUCCAUCCAUGAUAUGGAAUCCAGGUUCCUAAAGAUCACAACAGAGGUCUCAGACCUAGGGAAAGAUCUACCUCAAAAAGAGAUUUCCCUUAAAGUCUUGAGAGGUCUGCCCUCUAAAUGGGACAUGAAGGUGACUGCUAUGAGAGAUAGCAGAGAUCUAAGAACCUUAUCAACUGAUAAGCUCUUCAGUGAUCUCAAAGCCUAUGAAUUUGAGAUGAAGGAAAUAAAAGAAGAAAAGGAAGAUGAAUCCAAGACACUAGCUCUAGUGUCUGAGCCCGGCCCUUCAAAAUCCAGUGAGAAAUCCCUCAACAACCUCCUUACUGACGAGCAGUUUUCUAUGUUUGUAAGGAAGUUUAAAAGGUUCAUGAAGAAGGAGGGAACUGCUCCAAAAAGACCAUACAAUCUGCCAUACAGGAGACAAGGGAGACCUCAAACUAGCGAGGAAACUAUCUUGUGCUACAACUGUAGACAACCAGGACAUUACAAAAAUGAAUGCCCUCUGCCCUUAGCCCAGAAAUAUCAAGGGCAGCAGGGGAAUGCUCCCAAAGCUGGUUACAAGAAGGACUUCAAAGGCAUGAGAAAAGCCUUUGUAAGUGAAAAGAAAAAGGAGGAACCCCAAUCUGAAGAUGAAAGCAACUCAAGUGAUGAAAUCUCUUCAUCUGAAAGCUCAGAGGAAGCACUUCUAUUCCUGGGAUCCUGGCAGGUGGCUAAAGAAGGCAGCAGUUAGCUCACUGCAGAGAGAAGCAAGUGGAUCAGUGAACCUUCCACCAACUCAAAUGAAAACAAUGAAAGCUGCUCUCCUAGAUGCUUGAUGGCUAAAAAUCACUACAAUGAUGUUGAGGUAACAUCCUGCUCUUCCUAUAGCUCUAGUGAUUCUGGACCUAACAAUAUAACUUUGGAAUCUUUAUUACAAGAUUUUCAAAAAGUCCAAGAUCACCAUGUUCUCUUGAAUGCUGAAAAUGAUAGACUGAAACAAGACAUUAAGGCCAUUCAUUCUAAAUUACUAGAUGCCUUAAGCAAAAAUGACAUCUUAGAAAAAGAGAACAAAGAGCUGAGAAACUCCAGCACAAAUAGUAAAACCUCUCACCUUACUGCUGAAGUUACUCUAAAUAGGAAGAGAAGAGGUCUUGGUUACUCACCCCCCACCAGACUCACUCAAAACUGCACAUCUACAAGCCACAAUUCAUACACAAGAAAGCUCACUUACCAAAAAACCCAUCCCCCAAAUGUUCCCAAAAGAAGGAACCAACAUGCUCCCAAACCAAAAUCCAAACACCUGUAUAAAUCAACUCCUCCUCACCAUCUAAACCAAAGAACCUGUUGGCAACCAAUCAAUAAGACCAACCAAAAUACCAAGCAGACUCCUCAAGUCAAUAAUCCACUUCCCACUUCAAGAAGGAAAAGGAUUAACAAGUACAUAGCCAUUUCUUUUUAUUACAACACCACAAAUGGCUAUAGACCAAUCCGCUUAGAACUCAAUGGUUCUAGAUGGGCAUGGAUGCCCAAACUCGUACAAGGGAAGUCGCCCACUAACUUGUGGGCUACUGCUCAACAUUAAUUUAUACAGGAGGGUGCUGGAGCAGCUGAAACACAAACAUGGUACAUAGAUUCAGGCUGCUCCAGGCACAUGACGGGCAGCAGGCGGCUCCUGUCAAACUAUACUGUAACACCCCGACCCCGUAGGCCCCGAGGUAGUUACUCCAGACCUCUAGUACUGUCCUCACAAACCGCCACUAGCCUUUUCCGCGCACUUUGUCCUCACUCGUGCGCGCCCCGAGAAACUUCCCAGGGGGUCACCCAUCCCAAGAUUACUCCCGUGCAAGCACGCUUAACUUUGAAGUUCUUGGGUGAUGAGCUCCCUUAAAAGGAGAUGCAUCUUGUUGGUAUGAGUAGUACUAUUAAUCCAUUUAAAUUAAAUCUCAAGUGUUACAAUCACCCCCACUUAGGAUCGCAAUGUCCUCGUUGCGCCCUUAACAAUCUCAAUCAAACCCCAGAAUCUUGCCCCGCUAAGUGCCCGCCCGAUAUCCAACGGGUCAACACACUGUCGCAGGGUUGCUCUGAUACCACCUGUAACACCCCGGCCCCGUAGGCCCCGAGGUAGUUACUCCAGACCUCUAGUACUGUCCUCACAAACCGCCACUAGCCUUUUCCGCGCACUUUGUCCUCACUCGUGCGCGCCCCGAGAAACUUCCCAGGGGGUCACCCAUCCCAAGAUUACUCCCGUGCAAGCACGCUUAACUUUGAAGUUCUUGGGUGAUGAGCUCCCUUAAAAGGAGAUGCAUCUUGUUGGUAUGAGUAGUACUAUUAAUCCAUUUAAAUUAAAUCUCAAGUGUUACAUAUACAGCAAGGGAAGGACCCAAGGUAACAUUUGGGAAUGUGGAAAAACAAGGAGAAACCAAAGGAGCUGGAGACUUAUCAAUUAAUGGACUUACAAUCCAAAACAUAUCCUAUGUUAAGGGUUUAAAAUUCAAUCUUAUAAGCACAAGCCAGCUCUGUGACAAUGGCGAUAACGUUACAUUCUCCAAAGACAUCUGCUUAAUCAGAGAUGUCAAAAAUGACAAAAUUGUGCUCACUGGUAGAAGGAAGAAGGACAUGUACAUUGUUGAUUGGAGCUCUGCAAAGGAAGGAAUCUGCUUAGUAACAACGGCAGAUUCAAACUUAAGUUGGGAAUGGCACAACAAAUUAAGCCAUCUAAACUUCAAAACAAUCAACAAACUGUCCAGAAAAGGUUUAGUGAAAGGACUUCCUGAAAUCAACUUCAAAAAGGACCACCUCUGUGAUGCUUGUCAAAAAGGGAAACAAACCAAGGUAUCAUUCAAAUCAAAAGAAGUUGAAUCAUCAACUAGGCCCUUAAGCCUACUACACCUUGACUUGUUUGGACCAGUUGAACCAACAAGCUUAGGUGGUAGAAGGUACACCCUGGUUGUAGUUGAUGAUUAUUCUAGAUACACUUGGACCAUAUUCUUAAAGAAGAAGAAUGAAACAGAGAAGAAACUGCCUGAAUUGAUGAGGCUAAUUCAAAAUGAGAAAAGUCUCUCAAUCCAGAAGAUCAGGUCAGAUAGAGGUACUGAAUUUCUAAACUCCAUCAUAAUUCAGUACUGUGAAGAAAAUGGAAUCCAUCAUCAAACCUCAGCAGCAAGAACACCUCAACAAAAUGGUGUUGCUGAAAGAAGGAACUGAACACUUAAGGAAGAAGGAACGACAAUCUUAGAAGCAACUGGAUUACCCAAAAGAUUUUGGGCAGAAGCAAUCAACACUGUUUGCUACACUCAAAAUAGAAGUCUUAUUCAUAAGACUCACAAAAAGACACCAUAUGAGCUAUGGAAAGAAAGGAAGCCUAAUGUCAGUCAUUUCCAUGUGUUUGGAUCCAAAUGUUUUAUCCUAAACAAUGGAAAAGACUAUCUCAAGCCAUUUGAUCCCAAAUCUGAUGAAGGGAUCUUCCUGGGCUACUCAACAACUAGCAAGGCAUUCCAGAUUCUCAACAAAAGAACUCUGGUGGUAGAAGAAUCAAUCCAUGUGGUAUUUGAAAACCACCCCACUGCUCAAGUAAAAGAUGAAGGUGAGUCAUCAAAAUCAAAGGACACUAGAAAGGCUCCAAGCUGCCUUCCAAACAAUAGUGUUAAAAAGGAUGAAAAGGCAGUUGACUCAAAAGGCAGCCAACUGCCAGCAGUUGACUCAACUGAAAGCCCACUGCGAGCAGGUGAUUCACCAAAAGACAACCUUCCAAGCACUCAUGACAUUCCCAAUCUUCCUAUUCUACCAGAUGAUAGUGAAGAGGAAGAAGAGGAGGAUGAUGAACAACAAAUUCAAUCCAAAACAACCACAUCUGAUGUUAGAUGGUUGAGCAAACAUCCUCCUCACCAAAUCAUUGGAAAUAUCAAUACUGGGGUUCGUACCAGAUCAAAAAUUCAGAGAGAAGCACUAUUCUCAUGCUUCAUAUCUCAAAUUGAACCCAAGAAAGUUGAAGAAGCCCUACUCGACUCAGACUGGAUACAAGCCAUGCAAGAGGAACUCAAUCAGUUUGAGAGAAACAAUGUAUGGGAACUUGUACCCAGACCCUAUCAUCAACAUGUGAUAGGAACUAAAUGGGUGUUCAGGAACAAAAUGGAUGAGGAAGGCACCAUAGUCAAGAAUAAGGCAAGAUUGGUAGCUAAAGGCUACUGCCAGGAAGAAGGUAUAGAUUUUGAUGAAACCUUUGCUCCUGUUGCCAGAUUGGAUGCUAUAAGAAUCUUCUUGGCUUAUGUUGCUCAUAAGCAAUUCACAGUCUAUCAAAUGGAUGUGAAAAGUGCCUUCCUAAAUGGUCUAUUAGAAGAGGAGGUCUAUGUGGAGCAACCUCCUGGUUUUGAAAUCAAUAGAGAGAAGGAUCAAGUCUACAAAUUGCACAAGGCUCUUUAUGGACUCAAGCAAGCCCCAAGAGCAUGGUAUGACACUCUCUCUGAAUAUUUAGUGAAGAAUGGAUUCACUAAAGGCAAAGUAGACAAGACUUUAUUCAAAACUGAAGAAGGUCCCCACAUAUUGCUUGUUCAAAUCUAUGUUGAUGCCAUAAUCUUUGGAUGUUCAAAUCAAGCAUUAUGUGAGAAAUUUUCAACUCUCAUGCAAAGUAAAUUUGAAAUGAGCAUGAAGGGAGAGUUGAAUUAUUUUCUGGGAUUACAAGUAAAGCAGACUCCAAAUGGUAUCUUUAUCAACCAAGUUAAGUAAACAAGAGAUCUCAUGAAAAGGUUCAAAGUUGAGAACAAGUCCACUGUGAAAAUUCCCAUGAAUACAUCCCAAGGUUUAAGUCAGGAUGAAGAUGGCAAAGAUGUUGAUCCUACAUUUUAUAGAGGGUUAAUUGGCUCCUUGUUAUAUCUCACCAUUAGUAGGCCAGACAUAUCCUACUCAGUUGGUGUAUGUGCAAGGUUUCAAUCAAAGCCCAAAGAAAGCCAUCUCCUAGCUGCAAAGAAGAUACUGAGGUAUCCAAAAGGCAAUCCUAACUCUGGAUUAUGGUACCUAACAAAUGGAGGUUUUGACCUCUAUGGAUAUUCAGACUCUGACUUUGCCGGGUGCAAAAUUGAUUGAAAAAGUACAUCAGGUACCUGUCAAUUAAUUGGUGGAAGACUUGUCUCUUGGUUCAGCAAGAAACAAAAUUCAAUUGCUACUAGCACUGCUGAAGCUGAAUACAUAGCUGCAGGCAGUUGCUGUGCUCAAAUCCUAUGGAUGAAACAGCAAUUGAAGGAUUAUGGAGAAGAAACAAAGGAAAUCAGCAUUUUGUGUGAUAAUACAAGUGCUAUAGCUAUCACUCAUAAUCCAGUAUUUCACUCAAAACCAAACACAUUGAGAUCAUGCAUCACUUUAUCCGAGAGCAUGUUGAAAAGAAGACCAUCAAGCUAGAGUACAUUCCCACUGAGAAGCAGUUGGCUGACAUAUUCACCAAGCCAUUGAAUGAAACCAGAUUCAAUGAACUAAGACAGGAGCUUGGAAUGCUAGAUGAUCUAGAUCAAGUGAAGGAAUAGCCCUACACCCAUUCAAGGGGAACAUAACUCCAUAAUCAAGGGGGAAUUCCUAGCCACCUGCUGAGGGGGAAUUUCUGUGAAGUACUCUGGAGUAGGCACCUGCUAAAGGUAGACUACUCAAAACAUAAAAGGAAUGAAGCGUCAAGGUCCAAAUAAGUCACUAUCAGGAUAUCAAGAUCAAAAGGAGUCAAAAUUCACAAAAUUGGCUCAACAGUUGACUGCAUUAUAGCAAGCAGUGGGCUCAGCAGGCGAAUGGCCACUAGCCCACUGCUACUUGUAAAUAGAAAGAAAAUGCACACUCUCUGAACAAGGAGGAAACCAACUACAAAGGGAAGGAAAACGAAUGGAGGUAAAAUUCCCGGCUCAAUAUUUCGUACAGGUAACUGCCAGCAGGUGACUGUCUCUGGAGCAUGGCACUGCUUCAGGCCAGCAGUUGGCUCAAUUUCUGACAAAUGCCCAUGGAAUCUCAACAAGUGACAUACAUCAUAUUGAUCCACUAAGAUCAAAGAUUCCAAAAAGCCAACUCGUGUCUUCAGAAACCUUCAAAAUUUUAGCCAAAAUUGAGCCCCCUGCUAACAGUGUGAACGCAGUUAAUGCUGAAAAGGCCAGCCGUAUUCUGCAACGGCUAUAUUCCAACGGCUAGUUCUCGAUAGCCUAUAAAUACUCCCUCCGUACAAACCCCUCACACUUUUCACUCUGCAAUCUCUUUCUACCUAUUCUAAAGCUCUCAAACUCUCUAUUAACACUCUUAAAAGCUCUCUCUCGUACACCACCACCGCAAAUCCUUCCUUUCCCCAUUUACACAGAAAUGGCCUCACUCAUCCAAAUAGCCAAGUCCAUCUUUACUGGAUCGAUCCUCAACAUUCCUAAAGUCCUUGAAAGAGCUGACAACAAAGACCUAAUGAGGGAACUGCUCACAAAACUUGAGACCACGGGACUGCUAAAAAUGGCAACCUACGCAUAUCCUUGCUUCUACCCCGAGGUAGUGGCAGAGUUCUACACCAACUCCACCCCUGGGACACUGAAGUCCGUGGUAAUGGGAUUCGAGGUCGAGAUAAAGGAAGAAGACAUAAGGAAACUGCUCUCUCUACCUGGAGAAGAGGCUCCAACUGUAGAAGACCUCAACCUAAAUGAAGAGAACUUCAAAGAAACAGUAUUCAUCCCAAGGGCUCAACACCUAAACACAUUGAAAGUCAAGAAAAAGAUGAUGGUUCCAGAAUACGCCAUCCUCCUAGACAUUCUCUACAAGUGUGUCGACACAAGAACUACAGCCCUGAACGAAGUCAAUGCACAAAGAGCCAAGCCAUUGACGGCAAUCAUCUCAGGGAUCCCAUUCAACUGGUCAAGGUACGUCCAAAACGAACUCCUAAAAUACAUAAAGAAAGUUCACACAGGAAAGGGAGAAGAUGGUACCCUACCACUACUGGGAUACGGGUUUAUGAUAGGGGAACUGCUCAAGAAGAAAGGAAUAGUAGGAUCCAUCAAGGAAGAAACAACUUGGAGAAAAAUUCUCUAUCAAACUUCAAAGGCAGGGGCCCCACAAGUUCAGAAAAUAGAGGACUCCUUCAUCUCCAACGAACCUCUUCAAAUCACCCUUGACAGGAUCAAAACAAAGACUGCCAAGAGAAUCAGAUCAGGAUGUCAAGCAGAAAAAUCAAAGAAACCAAGAACAGCAACAAGAAAUCUUCAGGCCGAAAUGGAUGAAGAUGCAUCUUCCUUUCACCCAAGUCAAGAAGAAGCAGUGGCCUCCCUUCUUGCCCUGGUCAACGAAGAAGCAGUGGUCACCCCUCUAGCCAUCAUUCAAGAAGAAGAAGCAGAGAUGUCUGCUGCCUCCUCAAACGCAAGUAAUGAUUCUCAGAUUCCUCUCUCUAUACUCCUUCCCAGUAUCACACAAAGGGAUCAGCAAGAGGAGCACUUGGUUCGCCAAGAAACAGAGCAGGGGACUCAACCAGAGCAGGUGACUCCCCUAGUUGAGCAGGCCCCUCCAUCUCCAGCAGUGGCCUCACAUCACCUAACUCCAUUGGAGCAGCUGGAUGAAGAAUUUACCAGAGUCAAGGCGUGGAGAUCAUGGAAGCUGUCAAGGAUUCUACAUCAAGCUAAAACAAUCGCACACUUCAUUGAAGAGGAAGACUUUGUAGUAGAUUGGCUUGGAACUGAUGACAUGGCAGACGCAACAAGGUUACUAAAAAUAAACCAAGUCUAUGCAAUCAAAAGGAAGCAUCUCACAGCCAAGGAUGCUAUUGAAGAUUCCAGUGAUGAUGAUCUGGAUAAUGAUGACAAUAAUCCUGAUAAUGCUCCUAAGGGACCACCUCGCUCCACAGGUAAACAUAUCAUUCAUUCAACCUCCUCCUCAAGUGAUAAAGAACUCAGGCAGGCCCUUGAGAAAUCCAGAAUGGAAACUCAAGGAGGAGGAGAGUCCUCCAAAGCCCCACAAGAGCAGCUGGCUGCCACCUUAGAGCAGGCGCCUCAACUCCUUGACCUAAAUUCAGAACCUCAGCAAGAUGUUGCCCCAACACCGCAGCCUACAACUUUAAAUAACAUACGGGAGAAAAUCUUAAAUGAAGGAGAAAAGGACACCCCCACACUAGAUGAGGUAUUCAUGCAUGAACGAAGAGAAACUACAAAGUUCAUAAGCAAUGCAGAGGUUAGACUUCACAAGCGAUUGAUCAAAAUGCAAAAGCAUUUUGACCAACUUCUGGAAGCAAGGUUUGCAGAGGUUCACUGCCACAUCAAAAACAACCUCAUGAUCCAGCAGGUGUUCAACUAAGAACAAAAGGCCCAGCUAAAGAUGCAGAUUUCCCAGCAAUCCGCUCAAAUCGAAGAAAUUCACAACGAACUAGCAGCUCAAAGAGCUAAGGACUGGGAACUUGAGCUACAAAUUCAAACUCUACUAAGGCAACUACAUGAUCAAGAGCAAACAUGAGCACCUCUACAUUCUCUGCCACCUAACAUCGAAAAGGCUCUCCAACAAGUCAAUGCACAUGAAGCCUACAUCAAUACUCAACAAGGCCAGGCAGAAGCAAUUCAGAGAGGCCUUCAGGACCUUCAAGCUCUAUACUUAGAGCUACAAGGUCAGCUUCAAGCACUCCAGCAACCAACAAGUGCAAUCCAGCCACCUGCCCAAGUAGAAGUAGAGCCCUCUGCCCAGGUACUUUCUAACUCUAUCUUACCAACUAACCUCAAGCAGGCCCUUCAAACUAUCCAGGUGCAUGAGAGGUUCCUACACUAUCUCAAGGCAAAGGAGCUGCCUGCCAUCCUAAAUCUGUCCAAGAAGUUGGUCACCAAACAAGUGGAGCACUCAGAAGCAAUAGGAAAGACUAGAGCAGAUGUUGCUGAUCAUCUAGGCAGGCUACACACAGCUACUCAAGAAGCUCUUCAAAAGCAAGGAGAUGAACUCAAGACACUGGGCCUACACCAAUAAGCGACAACUCAACAACUUCACAGGCUUGACCAGGAAAUCAAAGAAGAAGUCAAGGUAGAUGUCACUGAUCUUCGAAACUUAGUCACUUCACUUUCCAUCGAAGUCAACGACCUCCAUCCAACAAGAAGAAGACAAAUUGAGGUUGACUCUGACCUAGAGAUCAAAGCACUAUUCAAAGAAAGUGAGGCCCCUGCUGAUGCCAAAAAGGGGGAAAGAACUACACAAGAAGGCCCCUCAUCCACAAGGUCUCUAGCAGCCAAGAAAGCAGCUGAAACUAGAAAGAAGAACAAACGGCUACAAGAAGAAAUGGAGAUAAGAAGAAGAAAAGCAGAAGAGGCAAAGGCAAAGGAGGCAGCCAAGAAAAAGUCACAAGAAGACAAAGAAGAAUAGAAUAGAUUUAGAGUCUGAAACUGACUAUAAACUAUUGUACUCUAGAAAUUAGAACAAUGUACAAAACUUCAAAGAAAAUCAAUAAAAAUGUUUGUUACUUAUGUUGUAUAGUUUUGGCAUCAUCAAAAGGGGGGAAAUUGUUAGUACCCAAUUUUGAUAAUAUUUU